GCCAACCCCUUAUUUUAUUUAUAAGCUACACAGCACCAAUCAUGUAACGGUGUACUACUACCACAGUAGAUCGUAGCUCCAGCUCUACCGCUCGGCAUUGCGAUGAGCGGCUCCUCUCAAGGGGUUAUCCACAACCCUAUUGACUAUUGACGUCAUCUCGCCACCGGAGAAGUGAUCUCUUACUAAGACUUGGUGAAAGGACAACAUUUCCCUCGAUACAUAAAGGGAGAAGAGGAGAAACUGAAUAAUACACGUAUAACUAGUAUAAACCAGAGGGGAGCUAGCAGAGCUGUGACUGGCACAGGACAGGAAUGGUGGAUCACUUGCCGAUAGGCGAGGAGACCUUCAUGUAUUACGCCAACUCUCCGGCAGACCAUCACGCAUCGGACAUGGUGACAGACACGGGUGUCUACCAGGCGCUGUCCUCCCCGUUCUCAGAGGACGACCUGAGUGACUCGUCCAGCGCCCGCUCCUGCUCCAGCCCUGAGUCCCAGGUGCUGGGUUCCAGCUAUGGCAGCGGCAGCAGCAGUGGAGAGAGCCAGGACGGUCUCCUGGACUUCCUGCUCUCCCAGGCCACACUGAGACGUGGAGUUACUCCCUCUCUAUCCCCCUCAGUACCACCCAUCCUCCCCAUGGGUCUAGCAUGGGAGUCAAAGAGGGACCGCCUGUCUCCGACAACCAAAGAGGAGUGCUUUGAGUUUCCUGAGUUCCCAGCGGACCUGGAUGAUCACAUAGGGCUGCUGUUUCAGCCCACCCUGGAGGAGAUAGAGGAGUUCCUGGAGGAGAAUAUGGAGGUGGUGGCGUUGAAGAAUGAGGCUUGCGAGGGUGGGAUGUUGGAUGUUAGCAGUCAGGUGACAGGGUCAGUGCCUGGGCUAGCGCACUCAGACCAAACAGUACCUGUUGCCGGUGCUACUGACCUCACCACAGAGACCAAACACACACCAACAUCCCCGAUAACAGACUCCGACGUUUGUAGUGGGAUUAAACAGGAAGACAGUGCUGGGACACCAGCAUCAGUAGAGGGGUCCGGUGUGUCGCCUGUCAUCCUUCAGAUUCAACCAAUCCAGAUUAAGCAAGAGCCAAUCCCAGGUGCGAUACCAACACCAGUAUCACAGCAGACCACCCAGCCCACCUCAGACAUCAAAAUUGCCCAGCUCCUGGUCAACAUCCAGGGCCAGACUUUUGCCCUGGUGCCCCAGCUGAUGUCCCCAGCUAAUCUCAAUGGCACAUCUUCCAAAUUUGUGCGCAUCGCACCCGUACCCAUAGCCGCCAAGCCCCUGGGUCCCGGGGAGGGUGGGCUUGCAGGUGGCCAGGCUGCAGGGAUCCUGGUGGGAGGACAGAAGUUCCAGAAGAGCUCGGUAGCGGACCUUAUAAAAAUGCAUAAGUGUACUUUCCCUGGAUGUGCCAAGAUGUACACUAAGAGCAGCCACCUGAAGGCCCACCUGAGGAGGCACACGGGGGAGAAGCCCUUUGCCUGCACCUGGCCUGGCUGUGGAUGGAGGUUCUCAAGGUCAGACGAACUCUCCAGACACCGGCGCUCCCAUUCUGGAGUGAAGCCUUACCAGUGUCCUGUCUGCGAGAAGAAGUUUGCCCGCAGCGAUCACCUGUCCAAACACAUCAAAGUCCACCGCUUUCCACGAAGCAACAGGACUGUGCACUCUGCAAACUGACCCUGUUGACCCCCCACCGGUCCCCCCCAUCCUGCUAGACUGAGGCCUCGCCAGGGGACACACAGAGAGACAAGGAUAGGAUAUUUGUGUGUGUGUGAGAGAGAGAGAGAGAGAGAGAGAGAGAGAGAGAGAGAGAGAGAGAGAGAGAGAGAGAGAGAGAGAGAGAGAGAGAGAGAGAGAGAGAGAGAGAGAGAGAGAGAGAGAGAGAGAGAGAGAGAGAGAGAGAGAGAGUUGGAGGAAUGAAUGUGGGAGAGGGCAUGUAGCAGAGGGGACAGUGGGACUGAACGUUCAAACAACGGUUAAGAGAGAGAGUGUUUGAAUGUUUUGUUUGUGUAUGUGUGUGUUUGUGCAAGAUUGUGUGACGCACGUUGGUGGUCCUGUGAUAAUUUAUUGGGUGAUACAAAACAAAAACUCUUACUUGACAUGACAUCUUCACAGGUGUAUUACGUCUUGUAAAAAGCUUUUCUUUCAUUUUGGGGGUUUUUGUCGUCAUUCAAAUUUUAAAGAUAAGAUUUGAGAAUCGAACAAAAUCUUUUUGUUAUGCAAUGUAUUUUUACACUGAGUUUUGAAUUAAUUGUUGUUGAUGUACCUGCCUAUAAUUAAUGCAUCAACAUUCCUUCUUCUCAUCGCCUACGGGGGUUUUAAACUUUUACUACGUAGUUCUUUAAACCAAAACAUUUAUAUUAAUACUCAAACGUUCAUGUUGAACUACUGAUCAUUAUCAGGAUCAUGCCAUUAUAAGCUACUGGCAAAAUGUGGAGGCUGUCUCCUAUUUUCAUUACAGGAGCACUAUGAUGACUCGUGCCAGGUAAAAGGCAUGUGGAUCAGUUAACAGCUAACGGUGAACAGCCAACUGCCGUACAACGAGGUGCAACAAAAAGGAAAUGCGCACAUUGUUUUAUGGUGCGUUGUUUAUAUGUGAACCGACUGGCCUUUAGAUCAGUACUGAAUAAUUGUGUUUUCUUUUUGUAUAUUUGUAUACGUUAGCUGAAGGAGAUGUUAUUUUUUAUUGAGUUGAAUGUGUGCUAUGUCCGUGACUCUUGAAGCUCAUGCUAUUUGAAUAUCAUAAUGUCAUCCACGUGUCUGGCCUUGUAACUAUGCAGUGCCUUCGGAAAGCAUUCAGACCCCCUGAUCCUUUUCCACAUUUUGUUACAUUACAGCCUUAUUCUAAAAUUGAUUAAAUAAAAAGAAAUCCUCAGAAAUCUACACACACACAAUACCCCAUAAUGGCGAAGCGAAAACAGGUUUUUAGACAUUUUUGCAAAUGUAGAAAUACAGAAAUACCUUAUUUACUUAAGUAUUCUGACCCUUUGCUAUGAGAUUCACAAUUGAGCUCAGGUGCAUCCUGUUUCCAUUGAUCAUCCUUGAAAUUAUUCUACAACUUGAUUGGAGUCCACCUGUGAUAAAUUCAAUUGAUUGGACAUGAUUUGGAAAGGUACACACUUGUCUAUAUAAGGUCCACAGUUGACGGUGAACGUCACAGCAAAAACCAAACCAUGAGGUCGAAGGAAAAUUUGAGAGCUCCGAGACAGGAUUGUGUCAAGGCACAGAUCUGGGGAAGGAUACCCCAACAUUUCUGCAGCAUUGAAGGUCCCCAAGAACAAAGUGGCCUCCAUCAUUCUUAAAUGGAAGAAGUUUGGAACCACCAAGACUCUUUCUAGAGCUGGCCACCUGGCCAAACUGAGCAAUCAGGGGAGAAGGGCCUUGGUCAGGGAGGUGACCAAGAACCUGAUAUUCACUCUGAUAAGGCUCUAGAGUUCUUCUUUGGGGAUAGGAGAACCUUCCAGAAGGACAACCAUCUCUGCAGCAUUCCACCAAUCAGGCCUUUAUGAGAGCCCAGGUGGAAGCCACUCCUCAGUAAAAGGCACAUGACAGCCCACUAAGGAGUUUGCCAAAAGGCACCUAAAGACUCUCAGACCAUGAGAAACCAGGUUCUCUGGUCUGAUGAAACCAAGAUUGAACUCUUUGGCAUGAAAGCCAAGCGUCACGUCUGGAAGAAACCUGGCACCAUCACUACGGUGAAGCAUGGUGGUGGCAGAACCAUGCUGUGGGGAUGUUUUUCAGUGGCAGGUACUGGGAGACUAGUCAGGAUCGAGGAACGGCGCAAAGUACAGAGAUCCUUGGUGAAAAACUGCUCCAGAACGCUCAGGACUUCAGACUGGGGGCUAAGGUUUACUUUCCAACAGGACAACGACCCUAAGCACACAGCCAAAACAACACAGGAGUGGCUUUGGGUCAAGUCUCUAAAUGUCCUUGAGUGGCCCAGCCAGAGCCCAGACUUGCAACUGAUUGAACAUAUGCCAUUCUUGUAGCGUCAUACCCAAGAACACUCACGGCUGUAAUCACUGCUAAAGGUGCUUUAGCAAAGUACUGAGUAAAGGGUCUGAAUACUUAUGUAAAUGUAAUACUUCCGUUUUUAAAAAAUGAUUAACAUGAUUUUGCUUUGUCAUUAUGGAGUAUUGUGUGUAAAUUGAGGGAAUUUUUUUUAUUUUUUUUUUUAUUUUCGAAUAACGUAACAAAAUGUGGAGAAAGGUCUGAAUACUUUCCGAAGGCACCAUAUGUCCUUUGGGGCCAAUAUCUCAACUGAGUACAGAGGAUCUAUUUGAACAUAAUUAUAGCACUUAGUUGGUGGCUGUAUAAAAUCUCCACAGCACAUGAGCAUUGAAUGUCUACCCUGCCAAUAUGAGCAUGUCAAUCAGAACAUGUGUGUAUGUCAGUUACAGUCGUUCAAUGUACAGUUCCAUUCAAUGCUGGUGUAGGAGCAAUGAAGGACCCAAUCCAUGAAAUCAAUUUCAGUGUAAUCAUUGUUUUCAGUAAAACAGUUGAACUAUGUUUUUUUUUGGGAUUCUAGCUUCACUCGCCUGAGUUCACUGUCUCCUCAAUAUCAACACAAUGGUCUGCCUCAUGUCAUCAACACAUGGUACUGAAAAAAACCUAUAGCCUUCCAACAGUGACUUCUACUUCAAAUUGAUAGCAGUGCUAAGUAAGCCAAGGCUCCUGAGGGAUUGAAUUUGGUGGAUAAGAACUGGAAUUCCAUGGUGCUAUUUAUUAGUUACUCUACUCUUGAACACGUGAAAGUAAAUGGUCAUAGAAAUCUCUCUUAAUGCACGUGGCCGUAGUUACCCUCCUUACCUACAGCUGACACAUGAUUGGCUUAGGUAGGGGGAAAAACGAAAACCAUUAUAAACACAGUAUUUGUGUAUUUGUAUUGUGUCUGAGUAUUUUCCCUCUGCAAAAACUGCACUGUCUUCGAUGGCAUGUCCUUUAUGUAUUAUCAAUAUCUGAACCUGAGAGGUAUAGGGAGAAUAGUAUGCUUAUAGGAAUGCAUUCCUUUCAUUCAAUUUGAAAGGCUUUUUUUUGUUUUUAAACGGUGUUAUUUUAACCCAUGAAUGUAUGUAUAUACUGUCGCUAGAUGCAUCUAAAAGACAGAAAUAUUAUUCUUAUCAUUUCUGGGAUUGUGUAAAUGUCUAGUGCAAAAAAAAUGUAAAGAAGUGUACAUAAUGACAAUGAAUGAUAUAUUAUAUAGAUAUGAUAUAUUUUUCUUUGUUAAGAGGGGUCUGAAUACUUAAGAUGCAUUUACAAAUAAACCAAACCCAAAACAUA